ACGCUAAUCGGCAGUUGCCAACGGAAGAAAGCAGUCGGCGUAGUGGGGGUUGACCGUGCAUAGUAGUGAUUCGCAUGACUGAGCCAAGGGUCUGAGAAAAGAAGCCAGCGAUCGGUGGGAAGGACUCGACAGUGUAGCUUGGCGUACUGUCGCCGACCCAAGGGAGCGACCGGGAUACCACUGGACUGGUUUCGAUGGCCGCAGCUGGCGUGCCCAAGCUGUACAGGAGUGUCAUCGAAGAUGUCAUCAAUGGAGUGAAAGACGUCUUCCUGGAUGAAGGCGUCGAUGAACAAGCUCUUCAGGAGCUGCGUCAGAUCUGGGAGAAGAAGCUCCUUGAGUCAAAGGCCAUCGACCCACCUGACCACCCAGUGCCUGCCCCGGCCAGUCGGCCACAGGCUACAGCGGCUACAUUGCAGCCUACCCCACAGGCCUUAUUGGAAAAGAUACCGAGACGCAACCCUGCUUUUGCAGCCACCGCCCAACCGCUGACGAUAGGACCCAAUGGCCUGGUGCAGCCCACCCUGGUACAAUACCACACACCAAUUCGGGCCUCGGGUCUGGUGGACCAAAAGCUGAUCAUCACUCAGCCUGGCCAGACGGUCAUGUCUUCUUCAGCCGCAGCUGCCGCCCUGGCCCUCCACCCCGACGUUGCUGCCAGCCUGAUCCAGGGGGGCGUCCUCAACAUGGCUGAGCGCCAGACGGGUAACCCCGGGGCCCCACUCCAGUUUCAUCCCGUAGUCACCCUAGCGGGCGAGCCCUACACCACCACCACUGCUGCAGGACAGGUGCCUACGCAGGUGGUGACGGCCGCAUCUGCGCAACCUGGCGUCGGCAACGUUGUCCAGCUGGACGGGGCACGAGACACGAGUGAUGAGGAUGACGAUGAAGACGAGUUCAACGAAGACGAGGAGGAGGGCAACGAGGACGGCCCUCCGGAGGACGAAAAUGAGGACGGUCCCCAGGAGGAGGUAGAGCCACUCAACUCGGAUGACGACGUCUCGGACGAGGAGGCCACUGAGAACUUUGAGAUUGACAAUGUGGUCGUCUGCCAGUACGACAAGAUAUCACGGAGUCGCAAUCGAUGGAAGUUUCACUUCAAAGAUGGAAUAAUGAACCUCCAAGGGAAGGACUACGUCUUCCAGAAGGCAGUUGGAGACGCUGAGUGGUGAAGCCUGCCUUCAUCCGAGGCACUGGAGGCCUUGGUGAGGGCAAAGCGAAAGAAAGACGGGAGAGGGGGGACAAUAAACUGCCAAGGGGGAUCUGUGGCUGUUUCUUUAGUGUUAUUAUUAUUAUUUUUUUUGUCAUUACAUUUGCUGAAAAGUACGUACAUGAAGGUACCCUUCUGGGCUGGUUGGUAACACGUUGUAAAUAUUUAACUAAAGGCUAUAAGACAGAAUGAAAUAGAUUGUGAAACCUCUCCCGUAUCUUUUCGAUCUGUCUGUUGAUGGACCAGUGAAACAAAGAAUAAAGCCUACUGCUGACUCCA